CGCUCAAAUUUUCGGAUGGAUGCAUUGCGUGUGUUCGCCAUCGAUAUCUGGUUGUAGGCACGUUGCAUGCGUGGUUGGUUUCCUUGGAAGAUUUGGGGGCUUUAAUUGAAGCAGAAAAGAGGGCAGAAACGAUUUCAUAUCCAUCUUCUCCUGCAUUAGAAACAAAAUUUAAUUUGGCGCAUCCAGGAAGAAGAGGCCAUAUAAGGAGAAGAAACCCAGUCCUUUCCAUUUCACACACACACAACCACAGGCAGAUCGUCCGUUGUGUUCUUUGCCGAGGAGCGAGAUCGACAAAGAACGAAGUCCAUGACGAGCAGCGGUGGCGCCGGGUGCAGCCGCAGCCACAGCUUCAGCGGCAUCAGCAGCGCCGCGGCCACCGGCGGCGCCGGCGCCGGCGCCGACGUGUUCGUCCGGGCGGCGGACAACGAGAUGUACGUGCGGGCGGACAAGAUCGACCUCAAGAACCUGGACGUGCAGUUCGAGAAGACGCGGUCCAAGGUGUGGCUCGAGCAGCACCGCUCGUCGUCGGCGGCGUCGCCGCUGCCGCUGCUGGAGUGGGAGAUCGACCUCGCCAAGCUCGACAUCCAGAACCAGGUCGCCCACGGCACCUUCGGCGUCGUCUACCGCGGCACCUACGACGGCCAUGACGUCGCCGUGAAGGUGCUGGACUGGGGGCAGGAGGGGCAGGAGUCGACGGCGAAGCACCGGGAAGCCUUCGAGAAGGAAGUCGCCGUCUGGCAGAAGCUUGAUCACCCCAACGUCACCAAGUUCGUGGGCGCGUCGAUGGGGACGUCGCAUCUGAAGAUCCCGUCGGCGAAGGCGGAGUCGCGGUCCAGCAGCGUCGGCGGCGGCAGCGCCGGCGGCGGCGGGGGGCAGCGUUGCGUGGUGGUGGUGGAGUACCAGCACGGCGGGACGCUGAAGACGCUGCUGUACAAGCACCGGGACAAGAAGCUGCCGUACAAGAAGGUGGUGCAGCUGGCGCUGGACAUGGCGAGGGGGCUGCGCUACCUGCACGGGGAGAAGAUCGUGCACCGCGACGUCAAGGCGGAGAACAUGCUGCUCGACAGGAAGAAGACGCUCAAGAUCGCCGACUUCGGCGUGGCGCGCGUGGAGGCCGGCGCCGACGGCGACGACAUGACCGGGCAGACGGGCACCAUCGGGUACAUGGCGCCCGAGGUGCUCCAGGGCCGCGCCUACGACCACAAGUGCGACGUCUACAGCUUCGGCGUCCUCCUCUGGGAGACCUACUGCUGCGCCAUGGCCUACCCCAACUACAGCCUCGCUGACAUCUCCUACCACGUCGACAAGCUGGGGAUCAGGCCGGACAUACCGAGGUGCUGCCCGAAGGCGAUGGCGGACAUCAUGGCGAGGUGCUGGGACGCGAACCCGGACAACAGGCCGGAGAUGUCGGAGGUGGUGGCGCUGCUGGAGAAGAUCGACACCUCGCGCGGCAAGGGCGGCAUGACCCCCGUCCCGGAGCACGCCUCCCAGGGUUGCUCCUGCUUCGGCUUCUCCCGCGGCAGCGCGUGAGCGAAACUGCUAGAGCAAAGCUAGCACCUCGCCGGCCGGGACGGCUGGCCGUCUCGAUCCUCGAACUGUCGAACACCAUCCGUGCAGGAGUUGCAGCUGUGUCGAUCCGAUCCGUUACCUGAUUUUCUUCCGGGAUUGAUGUGUGUUGUUGGCUUGAAACUAUGCCUGAUCUCAGUGAUGUUGUUGUCAGCUUUAGCUUUGGUAUGCAGGAUGUUACCUCGUUGUGAACUUGUGAGGAGUUCGUUCAUCUCUAUUGCCUGGGUCUACAUUUUGAAAAAAAAAUGUUUUUACUUGGA